AAAAGCUAACACCCCUUUUUGACUAGCAAUCUCAUAUAGUCACAAGCAAUCUCGCAUAUGGUAGAGACUAGAGAGAGGGAGAAAAAGGAUUACAUAGAUCUCAGCAAUCUCAUGGCCAACAUUCUCCGGCGACCUGUUCUCCUUUUAACGGUGGCCGCCGUCUUAUUCUCAACCGUUCCGGCUUCAAACUCUAUUCCAUUUAUAUUGUUCCACGGAAUUGGAGAUAAAUGCUCUGGUGGAGUUGGUAACUUCACGCAACUCCUAAGCAACCUCUCCGGCUCUCCUGGCUCUUGCUUAGAAAUAGGAAACGGAGAAAUAGACACAUGGUUCAUGCCACUAAUGCACCAAGCGAAUGAAGCGUGUGAGAAAGUUAAAAUGAUGAAAGAGCUGAGUCAAGGUUACAACAUUGUUGCACAGUCUCAAGGCAAUUUAGUAGCUAGAGGUCUAAUUGAGUUCUGCUACGAUGCUCCUCCUGUCGUCAACUACGUUUCCUUAGGAGGACCUCAUGCUGGCGUUGCCGCAAUCCCCAAGUGUUCUUCUGGUCCAUUCUGCGCUAUAGCAGAAGCUUUGAUGAAGUUAGAGAUCUACAACGACUUUGUUCAAGAUCAUAUUGCUCCUAGUGGUUAUGUCAAGAUCCCUGGUGAAAUGACUAAGUAUUUGGAUCACUCCAAGUAUCUACCAAAGCUGAACAAUGAGAGACCUGACCAAAGAAACUCCACUUUCAAAAACCGUUUCAUGAGCUUACAUAACUUGGUUCUUGUCAUGUUCCAGAACGACACAACACUGGUCCCUAAAGAAACUUCUUGGUUUGGAUAUUAUACAGAUGAUGGCUUCGAUUCUCUUUUGUCAACUCAACAGACAAAACUAUACACAGAAGACUGGAUCGGUCUGAAAGCACUGGAUGACGUAGGAAAAGUGAAGUAUGUGAGUGUCUCAGGGGACCACCUUAUGAUAGCGUAUAAUGACGUUGUGAAAUACGUUGUGCCUUACUUGAUGGCUUGAUGCACACAAGUUCGUAAAAUCUUUAACAUGUGACUCUCACUGUCAUUUUAUAAGAAAACAUAUUUGAUC